AUGGUUGCUUUAUAUUUCAGUGUGGACAACAGCGAGUACAUGAGAAAUGGAGAUUUUUUACCUACCCGCCUGCAAGCCCAGCAAGAUGCCGUCAACAUUGUGUGCCACUCGAAAACCCGUAGCAACCCAGAGAACAACGUGGGGCUCAUAACCUUAGCCAAUAACUGUGAAGUGUUGACUACACUUACCCCAGACACGGGCCGAAUCCUUUCCAAAUUACAUUCGGUGCAACCCAAAGGGAAAAUUACCUUUUGUACGGGGAUCCGAGUGGCUCAUUUGGCUUUGAAACAUCGUCAAGGCAAGAAUCAUAAGAUGCGCAUCAUCGCCUUUGUUGGGAGCCCUGUGGAAGAUAACGAGAAAGAUCUGGUGAAACUGGCAAAGCGCCUUAAAAAGGAGAAAGUAAAUGUUGACAUUAUCAACUUUGGAGAAGAGGAAGCCAACACAGACAAGCUGACUGCCUUCAUUAACACCUUAAACGGCAAGGAUGGGACCGGUUCCCAUCUGGUGACUGUGCCCCCAGGUCCGAGCCUUGCCGAUGCCCUCAUCAGCUCCCCCAUUUUAGCUGGGGAGGGCGGUGCUAUGCUGGGCCUUGGCGCUAGCGACUUUGAGUUUGGAGUGGAUCCCAGCGCAGACCCAGAACUGGCUCUGGCGCUGCGUGUGUCCAUGGAGGAGCAGAGACAGCGGCAGGAGGAAGAGGCCAGAAGAGCUGCAGCUGCUUCCGCUGCUGAGGCAGGAAUUGCAGCCACUGGUGGGGAUGAUUCGGACGAUGCCUUAUUGAAGAUGACGAUCACCCAGCAGGAGUUUGGGAGAGCCGGCCUGCCCGACCUUAGCAGCAUGACAGAAGAGGAGCAGAUUGCUUAUGCCAUGCAGAUGUCUCUGCAAGGACCAGAGUUUGCCCAAGCUGAGUCGGCCGAGAUUGAUAGCAGUGCAGCCAUGGACACAUCAGAACCUACCAAGGAAGAAGAUGAUUAUGACGUUAUGCAGGAUCCGGAGUUCCUACAGAGCGUGCUUGAAAACCUGCCUGGGGUCGACCCCAACAACGAGGCCAUCCGCAACGCAAUGGGUUCUUUGGCCUCGCAGGCCUCCAAGGAGAACAAGGACAAAAAGGAAGAGGAAAAGAAAUGAUGGCACGGGGGUACCGGCCCCUUACCACUGACGAGCAAUUGGGAUAAUCUUAAGCCCUGCAUGUUCCGGUCCAUAUAACCUAAUAACGUCGAUUUACUUAAUCACUGUUCUCCAGGGUAGGAUGUUUUUUUUCUUGAUGUAACAGUUAAUAAAAACGUUAAAUUUUUUUUCCA